ACUAAGCCUAUAAAGUUAAUGACAUUUCAACCUAACCUCUCUUUUUUCACUUUAUUUUAGAAAAUUGUUUGUUUUGGGUCUCUAUAAUUAAAAAUGACUUAAAAAAUAGUGAUUAGUAGUGAAAAUAUGGGGAAAUAUAAACUUCCGGACAGAUGGUUGGACUACAUGCCUUUGGGAAAAUGUAUUGUCGGCACCAAAAUCGUGGCCUUUAAGGUACCCUUAAGCCAGAAAUUCUGCUGGAGCAACAAACUUAAGGAGGAGGAAUGGUUUACUCCUGAGAAGCUGCUAGAGCAACAACCCAAUCUGAAGACAGUCAUUGAUCUAACGAACACUCAUCGCUAUUAUAAUGCAGAAGAAGAAUUCGGAGCAAAGGGCAUCGACCAUAUUAAAAUCCUGGUGGAGGGAAGGGGGAGUAUUCCAGCUAACUGGCAGAUCCAGAGAUUUUUUGAAGCAGUUGACACUCAUAUGCAAAAAUAUAGUGACAUAACAGACGCUUUGGUUGGAGUCCAUUGCACCCAUGGACUAAACAGGACCGGCUACUUUAUUUGCAGAUAUUUGGUCGAUAGGCUCAAGUUCGAGCCUCAGGAGGCCAUAAACCGGUUCAAUCAAGCUAGGGGCCACGAUAUAGAAAGAGAAACCCUCCUCACCGACAUCAAACUGAAAAAACGACCCAAAGCAAAUAAUUUUUUGCCUCCGGUAACACCGUUGCCUCCUCAAAACAACUACAGAUCCCCACUGGAGAAUGACUUAUAUGAUGAGGAUUACAAUGAUCGCUACAAUAGAAGAAGAAAUGACAAUAGGUGGCAUAGAAAUGGACGUAAUUCAAGGCCUACUAGGAGCGACUUGGACACCAACUGGCGAAACAGAGAUGGAGAGAAUUCACGUGAGAGCGACAGAAGGUGGAACAGGAGCAAGCAUAGAAGACCAAGAGACAGAAGUCCAAUUGAUAAAGUUUCUUGACGUUUGAUGGUUGUAAUAUGGUGGAAAUAAAUUGUAAUUGUGACGCA